CAUUCCAGUCCCUCUGGACUCGUCGUUCUCCCUCCCCUACCCUCUCGUCCCCUCCUUCUCGUGGCGGCGGCCUCGAGUCCAGUUCCCUACGGAAUCUCUCCAUUCCGUUCACUUGGUUUCUUAUUCAAUUGAUUGCGGUUGUGAUCCAAUAAAGCUAUUUAUUUGCAGUGAUUUCUCGUUCAUCUCGAUUCACUUCAGUUUAUGGUUCUUAUGAUUGAAUCAGGCCAAGAAAUUUCUUGUCAAAUUGCAUUAGUAAGCUGAAAUGGGGAGUCGCAGAAGCAAAGCGGAUAGUGAAGCAAGUGCUGAACAGUCUUCGUUAGUUCCAAGAAAGAAGCCACUGGUGAUCGAAGGGUAUCCAGUUGAGGGGUUGUCAAUUGGAGGGCAGGAGACUUGUGUCAUCUUCCCGUCACUUAAGUUGGCCUUUGACAUUGGUAGAUGCCCGCAGCGAGCCAUUUCCCAGGAAUUUCUGUUCAUUACCCAUGGCCAUAUGGAUCACAUAGGAGGACUUCCUAUGUACGUUGCUACUAGAGGAUUAUAUAGCAUGAAGCCUCCAACUAUCUUUGUCCCAGUGUCUAUAAAAGAACAUGUGGAAAAACUGUUUGAGGUGCACAGGGCGAUUGACCAAUCUGAACUGAAGCACAAUUUAGUCGCCCUUAAUGUAGGCGAAGAAUUUCAAUUGAGAAAUGAUCUUAAAGUUAGAGCAUUCAAGACCUACCAUGUUAUACCUAGCCAGGGUUAUUGUAUCUACUCUGUCAAAAAAAAGCUUAAGGCAGAAUUUUGUGGUCUUUCUGGAAAUGAGAUUAAGAGCUUGCGACUAUCAGGUGUUGAGAUUACUGACACAAUAACAACUCCUGAAAUUGCCUUCACUGGAGAUACGAUGUCAGAUUUUGUUGUUGACCCUGACAAUUCUGAUGUACUUAAUGCAAGAAUUCUUGUGAUGGAGAGCACUUUUGUGAAUGAUGCAAUGUCAGUUCAACAUGCUAGGGAUUAUGGCCACACCCAUUUGUUUGAGAUCGCAAGUUAUGAGAACCGAUUCCAAAAUAAAGCAAUUUUGCUCAUCCAUUUUUCAGCUCGUUAUUAUCCAGAGGAAAUCGAGGCUGCCAUCGCCAAGAUGCCUCCAUCGUUUUCUGGUCGUCUCUUCGCCUUGACAAAUGGUUUCUAAUGAUAUUUUUGAUCAUUGUAGGGUAUGACUAUUGAUGCUCUUACUAAGAGCGACAAGAAGCCUUCCCUUAAGAAUAAUCUGAAGAAACCUUCCAUAGAUUAUUCCACAACAAGUGAAGCUGCCAAUUCCACUCAACUUGCAGAACAAGUGGAAAAUGAGACAUCUUGUUGUGCAGUGGGGAGAAAAGUUCAGUGGACAGAUAAAUGUGGCAAAGAACUUGCUGAGAUCAGAGAACUUGAACUCUGAGUAUAUUUUUCUUCGAUAUUAUAAAUCAAAUUGACAAUGGUUUUACUGCAUUUAUAUGGUUAAACAGAUAGUCUAAGGCAGGAUGUUUAUGCAUUUUUCA